AUGACAUCGCCCGGAGAUGCUGCUCCGGUCAAACCUCCGCCGUCCUUCUCCCCCGGCGUUGCGCGAGUCGCAUCUACUUCGCCAUCGCGAUACCCAGGGGAGCAGGAACCGCCGCAAUCCCUAGAUGCCGACCUCACAGAAACUCCCACGGCCACCUCUCCAGGUCCGCUCUCGUCCACGAUUGCCGACUUACCGCUACGGCCUGGCUCGACACACUCACGCUCUGGGAGAUCUUCAACCCCGCAAUUAGCAAGAUCAUCAGUCGGAUCGCCUUUAGAUGGACGUUUUGAUGGCUCCGAGGAUAUUAGGUCGUUAAUUAUCCGGUCAUUCUCGCCAACUGUCGCGGUCCAUGCAUCCGAGGACACCGAUGAUUUGGUCAGAAAUAAGGGGUUCAAAGGGGGAUUCUGGGAGUUGAUCCGGCCCUUUGGAGAAACAGUCCCCGGAAAGGUGGUCAUUCGGGACAGUAUUGGCUCAAGUCGCGCCUGGGAAGAUUAUGGAGUUCGCUUUGUCGAUUUCAAAGGGAUCGGCAGGGCCCCAACGGGCCGAGAAUCGGGAUCUCUGGCGCAGAUGGAGGAGGUGCUAUCAAAACAUCUGGAAUCAUCAGAAGGAUUGCUGGGGGCCUCAGUACGGACAAGGGACGUCCUGGGAUAUCCUGCGACAACGCCAUUAUGCAAGCUGUUCCUUCAACAACUGCUAUGUUCAGCCCCCGCAGCGCCUCACGAAACAUUUGGCCACCCAGUAGCCAAUGUUAUAGUAAUCAGCUCGCGCAAUCCAGCUCCUCUGGAGACACUGAGACAACUCUAUGCCGACACUACCACAGGCGACAAGCAUCCACCCGAGUGGGUCAACCAGGAGUACCUUCGAUAUUACGUUUUGGUUCAUGACGAGGAGCGAGAUGAUAUUGCGGAAUCCACGAAGCUUUAUGAUCAGAUGAAGCGGCACUUCGGGCUGCACUGCCAUCUUCUCAGACUGCGGAGCAGCCAAUGUGUGGUGACAGAUGAUGACAGCAUGCAAGUUCCCCAGUGUGAAUGGCUCUCCCCUUCAGAGCACCUUUCGGGGGCAGGAGAAGCAGGCAAGUAUCUCCACAAGGAGCUGGUAGUGCAAUCGGUGAUACCAUUUAUGGAAAACAAAGUGGCAGUGUGGAAUGACCAAGUUGCUUCCCGCAGGCGUGGCAUAAGCGGCAGGUUCAUGUCAAUGUCACGGCGAUGGGCCGGUUUUGGGUCAAGCUCACGUUCGAGCAUUGCGGGCUCAUCGGGAGGCAACAGCGGCAACUAUGAUGCGACCCAGCACUUUUACGGGCCGGACUCUCCAGAGGCUGUCUUGCGAAAGAUGGCUGAUUUUGCGUUCAUGCUUCGUGACUGGAAACUUUCUACGUCUACAUAUGAGAUGAUACGGGCCGACUUUGGCAAUGACAAGGCUUGGAAAUAUCAUGCAGGUGCCCACGAGAUGUGUGCUGUCAGCACGCUGUUAAACCCUCUGGCCACCUCAGCCAAAAUCAAGCUCGACGGUGUCGACCAAAUGUUCGAGACUGCUUGCUAUUCCUAUCUCACACGUUGUUCGGACGCACCACAUGCUCUGCGUUGUCUUUCCCUGGCGGUUGAGCUUCUCAAGUCUCGUGGCGGCUCUGCCACCGAGAGCGCCGCCAAAUGGGCCAUGCGGGUCAUGGACUUUGGCUUGGUUGGCUCGGUGGGUCAAAUCUUGUACACGGAACGGGUGGCAGCCUGUUAUGCCUGCAAAAUACCAGCAGGCGCAGCAAAAUGGGGUGGUCGACGGAGAAAGGCUGGGAUGUGGAGCAUCCUCGCGGCCGAUCAGUGGCUCAAAGCCGGCAAACCAACUCUGGCCUCAGCGUGCCUUGAAGAAGCUGAGCGUCUCUACGCAGAUGUGCUUUCGGCUGAUGGUGUCUUUCCGAUGCCUGAAAUGCAAAGCUUCAUUGAUAACCUGCGCCAUGCCGUGAGGGUUGAAUACCUUGAGGCCAGAGGGUUUGAUGCCCGAGAUGAACCAGCCGCCGCCGAAAAUGUGGGCGCCGAGGAGACUAGUGAAAAGCUCGACAAGCGCAAUCACCGGCGCUCUCUGAUCGGGCUUCCUAUGCAGCUGGAUGCUGGAACCCUUAACAUGACGCAGGGUCCUCGGGAUACUGAGGUCCCUCCUAGUGAUGAUUUCGAACGAGCUUAA